CGCAUUUCAAUUUUUUGAAUUGGUUAACGAUCAAAACGAUUAGGCGCGAAAAGAAAUAUAAAAUUGUGAAAUCUAAAGAAACAGGAAGUCAAAAUAGUGUUUAAGCCUAGUGAUGAGUGUUAACGACGAAACGUCUAAGGACGACAAAUCCUUUUAUAGUAAAAAUAUCAUACUAGACGAACAGAAUGGAGUUAAAAAGAAUGGUACCAUUGUCCCCAUGAAUGGCGAACCCAAAAAGGGUGGUUGGUGGAAUCGUAAGAAGAAGGGAACCGACACCCCCCCAUCUGAGGGUGAAGGUAGCGAGAAUGGUGAAGAUAAGCCUAAAGAUGAUGUUAAACCGGUGCCUUUUUUCCAAAUGUACAAAUAUGCCACACCCACUAACAAGUUCAUGUAUGUCAUUGGAAUUUUGUCAGCUAUAGUCACGGGUCUAACAACGCCAGCGAAUAGUUUGAUUUUUGGUAAUCUCGCAAAUAGUAUGAUUGAUUUAGGCACUGAACUUGGUGGUUUUGGCAACAUGACCAAAUAUACCAAGUCCUCACCCGCAGAUGCACUUUUGGAUGCUGUACAAACGUUUGCCUUUCAAAAUACCAUGAUCGGUGUGAUUAUGUUGCUUGGCAGUUACAUAUCGGUGACCCUAUUCAAUUAUGCAGCACAUGCACAAAUUUUACGAAUUCGUGGUAAAUUCUUUAGAUCUGUGCUGCAUCAGGAUAUGGCCUGGUAUGAUGUGAAUCAAAGUGGUGAAGUGGCCAGUCGCAUGAAUGAAGACUUGUCAAAAAUGGAAGAUGGCUUAGGUGAAAAGGUGGUUAUCUUCAUCAAUUUUAUGGUAGCUUUUGCAGGCUCCAUUAUUUUGGCUUUCGUUAAAGGUUGGCAAUUGGCUCUUGUGUGUCUGGUUAGUUUGCCAGUAACCUUUGUUGCCAUGGGCUUGGUGGCCGUGGCCACUUCCAAAUUGGCUAAACAAGAACUUAAUGUCUAUGCAGCAGCCGGUACCAUAGCCGAAGAGGCCAUAAGUGGUAUACGCACGGUUAAAGCUUUUGAGGGUGAACCCAAAGAAACCAGAGCCUACAAAGAUAAAAUUGUUGAUGCUCGUGAAUUGAAUGUUAAACGUAAUCUCUUCUCUGGCAUGGGUUUUGGUUUGCUAUGGUUCUUCAUCUAUGCCUCGUAUUCUUUGGCCUUUUGGUAUGGUGUGGGUUUGGUCUUGAAGAAUUAUCAUGGUGAUGAAUAUUACAGCAACUAUGAUCCUGGUACUAUGAUAACGGUCUUCUUCUCCGUUAUGAUGGGUUCCAUGAACAUAGGUAUGGCCUCACCGUAUAUCGAAGCUUUUGGCAUUGCCAAAGGUGCCUGUGGCAAAAUCUUCAAAAUCAUUGACCAAAUUCCCAUUAUCAAUCCCAUCGGAGCCCUGGGGAUACGCUUGAACCAUCCCCUCAUACACAUCGAAUUUCGUGACAUAGACUUUAGCUAUCCUACGCGAAAAACAGUGCAAAUUUUAGAUAAAUUUUGUUUGCAAAUUAAGCGUGGUCAAACUGUUGCGCUGGUGGGCUCAUCGGGCUGUGGCAAAUCUACUUGUAUACAAUUGAUACAACGUUUCUAUGAUCCCGAUAGUGGCAGUGUCUUCUUCAAUGAUGUCGAUUUGAAGGAUCUCAACAUUGAGUGGUUGAGAGAACGCAUAGGCGUGGUGGGACAAGAACCCAUACUCUUUGGUACUUCAAUCUAUGAGAACAUUCGUUAUGGUCGUGAAGAUGCCACCAGAGAACAAAUUGAGGCAGCUGCCCGCGCCGCCAAUGCCAUGAUAUUCAUCAAUAAAUUGCCUCAGGGCUUUGAGACUUUGGUGGGAGAACGUGGUGCCCAAUUGUCGGGUGGCCAGAAACAACGUAUUGCCAUUGCCCGUGCCUUGGUUCGUGAUCCGGAAAUUUUGUUGCUCGAUGAAGCCACCUCAGCUUUGGAUACUGCCAGUGAGGCUAAGGUACAGGCUGCCUUGGAGAAAGCCAGUAUUGGCCGUACCACCAUAAUUGUGGCUCAUCGUUUGUCCACCAUUCGCCGGGCCGAUCGCAUUGUUGUCAUCAACAAAGGCAAGGUGGUGGAGAGUGGUACCCACAACGAGCUGAUGGCCUUGAAGCAACACUAUUACAAUUUGGUUAUGACCCAGUUGGGAGAUGAUGCCAACAAUGAUACCCCUGGGGUAGGACAAAAAGAAUUCUUCCUUAAUGCCAAGGAUGAGGAUGAGGAACAUAUUACCAUAGCCAAGGAGGAGAAUGAAGUUGUAGCUGAAAUAACUGAAAAGAGCAAAUUUUCGAUAUUCAGCAUUUUGAAAAUGAAUGCCGAAGAAUGGCCUCAGAUUUUAUGUGGCUGCAUAUGUUCGGUGAUUAUGGGUGCAGCUAUGCCUUUGUUUGCAGUUCUCUUCGGUUCAAUUUUGGGUGUUUUAGGAAUACGUGAUGACGAUGAAUACGUGAGGAGUGAGACAAAUACCUUCAGUUUGUAUUUCCUUAUAUGUGGCAUAGUUGUGGGCAUAGCCACUUUCUUGCAGAUCUACACUUUUGGCAUUGCUGGUGAACGUUUGACAGAACGUUUACGUGGUAUGAUGUUUGAGGCCAUGCUGAAAAUGGAAAUAGCUUGGUUCGAUGACAAAGCGAAUGGUACUGGCAGCUUGUGCGCACGUUUGUCUGGUGAUGCUUCCGCUGUUCAGGGGGCUACCGGUCAACGUAUUGGUACAAUUGUUCAAUCCCUGGCUACCCUUCUUUUGGGUAUUGGUCUCUCCAUGUACUACGAAUGGAGUUUGGGUCUAUUGGCAUUGGCUUUCACACCCUUCAUAUUGAUUGCCACCUAUUUGCAGCGCAAGGUAAUGGCUCAGGAGAAUAUGGGUACAGCCAAGACUAUGGAAAAAUGCACUAAGCUUGCCGUUGAAGUGGUGUCCAAUAUACGCACAGUGGCUUCAUUAGGCCGCGAGGAAAUGUUCCACAAGCAAUAUAUGGACUUGUUGUAUCCUGCUGUAGAAAAAGCCAAACGCAAUACCCAUUACCGUGGCUUGGUCUAUGGUUUGGCACGUUCGCUUAUGUUCUUUGCCUAUGCUGCUUGCAUGUACUAUGGCGGCUGGUGUGUGGUCAAUAAAGGCAUGCAGUUUGAGAAUGUAUUCAAGGUUUCACAAGCCUUGAUUAUGGGCUCUGCCUCCAUUGCCAGUGCCUUGGCUUUUGCCCCCAACUUCCAGAAGGGUAUCAGUGCUGCGGAGAGCAUCUACAAACUCAUCACCAGAGAAUCGAAAAUCACUGAUAGUCCCGGAGUCUCCACAGCUCCUUGGACCUCGGAGGGCAAUGUCUCAUAUAACGAUGUGCAAUUCUCUUAUCCCACACGUACUGAAAUCACUGUGCUGCGUGGUCUCAGCCUAGCGGUGGCACGAGGACAAAAAAUUGCUUUAGUUGGACCUUCGGGUUGUGGCAAGUCCACCUGCAUUCAAUUGCUGCAGCGCUUCUAUGAUGUCGACAGUGGUUCGGUGUGUGUGGAUAGUUACGAUUUGCGUAAUAUAUCCCUGCACAAUUUGCGCAAACAGUUGGGCAUAGUGUCACAGGAGCCAAUACUUUUCGAUCGUAGCAUACGUGAUAACAUUGCCUAUGGUGACAAUGUGCGUAUGGUAUCGGAACAGGAGAUUAUAGAAGCAUCCAAAAAGGCCAAUAUACACAAUUUCAUCUCAACACUGCCUUUGGGCUAUGAAACACGCAUGGGUGAAAAGGGCACCCAAAUGUCCGGCGGCCAAAAACAAAGAAUAGCCAUUGCUCGUGCCUUGAUAAGAAAUCCCAAAAUAUUGCUCCUCGAUGAGGCCACUUCAGCUUUGGAUGCCGAAAGUGAAAAGGUGGUACAGGACGCUCUCGAGGUGGCCAGUGAAGGUCGCACCAGUAUCAGUAUUGCUCAUCGUCUCUCCACAAUCGUGGACAGUGAUGUGAUAUUUGUCUUCGAUGAAGGCAAAGUAUGCGAAUUUGGUUCUCACAAGCAGUUGCUUGAAAGGCGGGGUCUCUACUACACCCUCUACAAAUUGCAAACAGGGGCAAUGUAAGGACCACUCUUAACAACUCUUAAGGACAACAUCAUUCAGCACCAUUCUCUUUCAACACAGCCAUUUAGCCUUAAGCUCAUUCACUUUCCUUAACUUAUAAGGAAAACAUUCGAACAAAAACCUUUUGUAAAAUAUAAUUAAAUUA